GUUUUAAAAUUUUAUAAUAUAAAUUGAAAUAUAAUAUGAAUACAUUUUACAAUUUCUAUUAUUUCAAUUUAAAAUUUUUAUUGAAUAUUUUUAGUAUUAUUUUUAUUUAUUCUAUUUUUAAAGAAAAAAAUUUUAUCCUCCCGCAAUCGCCCGCAACCGCAAACGCUAGCUGGAACCAGCUUUUGAUUUUAAGAGGUUCGGAGCGGUUUAAAGCGAUUUAUAGCGUUUUCUGUGAUUGUUUCGAAACGCCAACAACCGUUAUGAACCGCAAAAGCAGCGUUUGCGGGUGGUAGCGGGAAAACCAGUCAGCCCCUUUAGUCCCUGAAGUUUAAAACUAUUAACAAAAAUAGCUCAGUAAUUAUAAAAUGUCCCUGUAGCACCCAUAAAGUGCCGUAAAAAUCAAAACUUUGAAGCUCUCAGGGAGAUUGGAGACUGAAGAAGAUGGCGAAGUGGUCGACCGUUAAGAGAAUCACCGUCUAUGGAGGUUUAUUCACUUGUAUGAAACAUAUGGUGUACGCUCCUGCUGAGCUGAGCUGGACCUGCUCCUUCUCGGCGAUGCACUCUUUGAUAGACACAGGAGGAGGAGAAGAAGUCCCGAAGAAAACGGCUGAGAACAGUGGUAGUAGUGGUUCAAACUCCAUCAGAAGAAUCGAUGAUUACACGAGUCUUGUGGACAAGUAUAGAAGAGAUGGGAACCUCUCUGCUGCGUACGACUUGUUACACUCCUUGCAAGACAAGAAGGACAUUCGCUUCCCUGUUUCGGUUCUCAACAGCCUUCUUGCAGCAGCGGGUGGGGAGAAGGAUACGAAGCUCUCUUGCAGAGCUUUCAGAUCGAUGUUGUUCCAAGCAGCGGGUACUACGCCUCUGAGUUGGGAUUGUUAUCUCAACCUCGCCAGAGCCUUUAUCGACACCGAUGAUUGCGUACACUUGUUGGACCUUCUCAAAGAAGUGUCAGAGUCUUCUCUUCCGUGUAGGUUAAUAGUAAUAAACAGAACCAUCCUUGCGUUUGCUGAGUCUCGACAGGUCGAUAAGGUAGUUAAGAUACUUGAGGAGAUGAAAGAGUGGGAAUGUAAACCAGAUGUUAUCACGUACAACUCGGUUUUGGAUGUGUUAGGACGAGCUGGCUUAGUCAAUGAGAUGCUUAAGUUAUUGUCAUCGAUGAAGGAAGAGUCCGAUGUGUCUCUCAACAUCAUUACAUACAACACGGUGUUAAACGGGACGAGGAGAGCUUGUAGGUUCGACAUGUGUUUGGUGUUAUACCAAGAAAUGGUUGGGAUGGGGAUUGAGCCUGAUCUGCUUAGCUAUACAGCAGUGAUAGACAGUUUGGGUCGAUCAGGGAACACGAAGGAAGCACUGAGGCUUUUCGAUGAGAUGAAAGAGCGGGAGAUUCGACCAUCUGUUUAUGUCUACCGAGCAUUGAUCGAUUGUCUGAAGAAGUCAGGAGAGUUUCAGAGGGCGUUGCAGCUUUCAGAUGAGUUGAAGAACACUUCAGCGUUAGAUUUGGCAGGUCCACUAGAUUUCAAACGGCACCUAAGACCACAUAGACGCUAAAAGGCCUCUAGUUUUCAGCAGAUGAGUGUUUCAU